AUGGCGCACAAAUUAUUUCUCGCUCUGCUGGCAUUUGUGACAGUGUUGAACGCGUCGGCCUUCAUUGCUCCGGCUCGUACACGGAACCCUCUGUCGUCUGUAACAGUGAACGCCGGGUACGUACCUGAUGGCUUGACCGAGGAACAAUAUCGGAAAAUAAAAGUGAGUGAUGCGAAGAAAAAUAAGGGAAAAGACCUUGGUCGUCUUGGACCGACAGGAUUCAAGUCACGAUCAAUGCAAGCUUGGCAAGAAGCGUUCGACCAAGGCAAAACGGGCCACAGCUUUGCACCACUUAAUUACAAAGAAAAAAUGAAGAAAGGACUUAUGAAGAGAGAGGAUGUUCCUUACAUGGUCCGUGGUGGGAGCUGGGACAACUCUGACGUCAAGGGUGCUAAGAAGCUCAAGUGGUCCAAGGAGGACAAGGAGUAUGCCAAGGGCGGCUACAAGAAAGAACAGUCUGCUAGCAUAUUGGGUUCUGGACCUGGUUUUGACUGGACCGGAAAUGGUUCGAAGAGCGCCCUUGAGAAGAUUAAGAAGAAUAUGCCAGGAUUUAGCUAA